AUGGACUGCAUUGUUGGGCAAAUAACCCCAUUCAUGUCUGGACAGCUAGCAUGGCAUUCCAAUUCGCAUGUCCGGAGUGUGGAGAACCACGCAGCGGUUGGUGAUUUUGCGUGGUCUUGGAAUGUGGAUGGGCACGAGGGUGCCAUGCCACUGCGUUUGAGCCUUUUUAGGCCGGUCAAUCUUGGAGAACCUGGGAAUAUGCUCAUCGCCACGCGGCACCCUGGGAAUUUGUUGCCGUGGCUGCGCCGCUGGCGCGGCCCAGCACCACGGCCCAGGUUGCUGUGCUGGGAUGGGUGGUUGAUUGUUGAUGAUGCGGUGGUGCUUGGUCAAACUGAAGCGCCUGGGAAUUUGAUGAACUGCUGCCCUUGGGUAGUUCUUUUGUGCGGUUUUAAACGAUUUGUGGUGGUUUGUUGGGGCUCGUGA